AUGACUACAUUGAAUUUUAUUUUCUGUAUUAUUCAAUUGAUCUCAAUUAUCAAUUGGGUGAAAUUAGAAAAUGUUUGUUUGGACAAUUCAGUUUUAACUUGUUCUUGUCAAGACAACUCGCAAUUUGUUACUUGCGUUGGAAAAGAUUCAACAAAUGACAGUUUUGUAGAUUGGGCAUCGUUUGUUACAACAAAUUAUCAUCAAAAUUAUUUUACAUUUUUUAAUUUGACUCGUUUAACACAUUUAACUUUUACAAAUUUCUCAUCGACAUUUCAAUUGCAUGGUCAAUCGAUUCAAUUAACAUUCAAUAAUGGUAUAGACGAAAUAGGCGAGAAUGCUUUUCAAUCGUUCAAUGAGUAUACUGAUUCAACAACAAUCGAAAUAACAUUUACUGAUCCACAAAAUUUCAAACUUGCUGAUUAUGCAUUUGCUCAAGGAAAAUAUUACAAAAUAAAUAUCGAUAGUAUACAGUAUAGUCAUAUACAUAAUCUUCCGUAUGAAUUCAAUUUAAAAUCGAUGGACGGCACUCGAUUCUAUUCGAUGAACAUAAAAAAUUGUGGUGAUAUGGAAUUUAUUUCUAAUGGAUCGUCUACAAUUGAACUUCUCGAGAUAGUAGUGAACAAUUGUUCGUUGACAAAUGCCAGUCUUCUUAUCGAAAGUCUUGCGACAAGUCUCACUAGUUUGGAUCUAACAUCGAAUCAUUUAAUUGCAAUACCCUCAUUGAAAAAAUUUCAACAGCUUACAAAAAUUGAUUUGAAGGAUAAUUUUAUUGAAGAAGUUACAGUAAAUAUAUUCAACAACAUGGCUAGUUUAUCGCGAUUGGACUUGUCUUAUAAUCAAAUAAGAAACAUUGAACCCGAUUCAUUUGUUGGAUUAGAGUUGAUUGACUUACGUUUACAUAAUAAUCGUUUAACAUCACUCGAAACUAUAACAAGUGACAAUCAUACAAGAUCGUUUUUACAUCCAUUAGAUGAAUCACUAACUGAACUAGUUCUAUCAAAUAAUUUUCUACAUGACAUAAAUCCAGUGAAACACAUGAUUGAAUUAGAAAACGUAAUAGUAUGUUGCAAUCAAAUAAAGACAUUAAAUGAAUAUAUAUUUCAAAAAGGACAUAAAGUUAAAUUAGUUGAUUUAAGUUACAAUCAAAUUGAGUAUAUUAAUACAAUGGCAUUCGCUGAAACGGUAAUUAGCAGUUUAAAUUUGGCUGGAAAUCGACUUUCAUCGCUUGAAACAAAUGAUUCAGUAUCAUCUGAUACAUCACCACUCAAUAAUGAAACAAGCUCGUUUCUCUAUCCUAUCUCACACACACUUUCAAAUCUAGUACUUGCGAAUUCUACAAAUUCAAUUGAAAUCAAUUGGUUUAUUCUUAUAAAACUUAGAACAUUAUUUUAUUUGGAUCUUUUUGGGCUCACUCUGACAGAAAAAAGUUGGCUUUAUCGAAAAACUGAUGUGCAUAAUGAAGAUUCGAUUAUUCAUUGGCAUCAUCCUCCAGGACCUCGCAUAUUUCUAUACAAUAUUCGAUUAACUGAUGAUGACUAUUGUUUAACCAGAUCAAUUGUUGAUAUUUUAAAUAUGACAAUUUUAAUGGUGGAUAUUGAGCAUCCAUGUAAUUGUUUUAUAUAUUCCUAUGAUACAGAACAUCGUCCCUAUUGUCUUUACAAUCAAUCAAUCGUAGAUGAAUUAAGUAGACAAUGUACAAGUAUAGAUUUAUUUUGUGAAUCAUUUUUAAAUAAUACAACUACUUUGCCAUCCACAGAAUGGACAUCAUUAUCUUCUCUUAGCACUACGACGCAAACAACUAGCUCCGAAAUAACAAUGACAUUGACAUCUUCAAAUACUUUUAUGUCGACUACUGAACAAAGCAUUAUCACAAGCACUCAUGUUUCAGCAGAAAGACCAAAUGGAAAUCCGCAAACGAAAAUAAUCUUGGCGACGGUAAUUCCCUCGAUAGUUGUUAUUGUGCUAUGUUUAGUCGCCGUUUACCUUUAUAGAAGAAAAAAAUUGAACAAAUUAACUCAAGAUAUUGAAAUGCGCAAUGAAACUAUACACACUAACAAUAAAAAAUAA